UCUUGGCCAACAAUAAGCACGAAAGCGAUGACUCGGAUGAAGAUGAAGAGUCGGAGGAUAUGGAUGAUUCGGUUGGUUUCCUGGAUAAGGAAGCGGUUGAGAGCGGUGGCAGUGAUGAUGAGGACGACGAUGAGGAUGAAGAAGAAGACGAGGAGGACAGCGAUGAAUCCGACGAAUCAGAAAAAGUGCCGAAAAGCAAAGACCAGAAACCGAAACCACAACAGAAUCAACAAAAGCAAAACCAAAAUCAGUUGAGCUCUCCUCAGAAGUCCCCUCAGAACCAAAACCAGAAUCAGAAACCGUGGGGAAGUGGACAGAAGGGCGGCCAACAAAAAGGCUUUCAGCAACAGAAGGGACAGUGGAACCAAUCGGGAGGACAGAAGAACUUCAAUCAGAAUCAAAAGGGAGGCAAUCAGUGGCAGAACAAGAAGCAGUUUGGAAGCGGCGGCGCUGGUGGUGGAGGUGGCGGUCAGCACAACAACACCCCAAACAACAACUACAAAGGCGGCCAACAGAAUAAGAGUCCUAACUUCAGAGGCGGUCAACAGAAUAAUAGCCCCAACUUUAGAGGCGGUCAACAGAAUAAUAGCCCCAACUUUAAAGGCGGUCAGCAAAACAACUUCAAAGGAGGCAAACAGACCCCGAACUUCGGUGGAAAGGGAGGAGGAAAUAAGCCAAACUUUAACCAAACCCCCAAAUUUAGUGGACAAAAGGCAAGCAAUUUCAAUCAGAAUAAGAAGCAAUGGAAUUCUGAUAAGAAAUAA